AUGGUACAGAAGUCUCGAGUCAGCCCGUCUUCGGGAGAUUCGCCAAUUCGGCACAUGGAUGACGAGAUCUCCGAACCAAACGACUGUGCAACGAACCUGCUCAUUGUACUCCACAGCGUACCUCCACGAGACCCAGGUGAAUCACAGUUGGAUUUCUGGGUCGUGAGAAACCUUAUCUGGAAUCUACCAUCUGCGACAAGCAACAUAUCAAUACCAAAGUUUUCACCACAAAAUCCACAGACUUCCGAGGGACAAACCGAACCUGCUCCGUGA